AUGGAUCGCGAUAUUUCCUCCACUCAAACAGCUGGGGUUGGUCAAGCUGUCGAUCAUCUCUUUAACGGAAUCUUGAAACAACUGGCCGCUACAGACGCGUUUAGUAAGUCCGACACAGCUAGUAUCUUCAUCGUCUAUGCGCACGAUAACGAACAACUCGGCACCGCCAAUGCUUCAUGUGUAAUUCACCUUAUCCAAUGGCUACAAGAGAUCAGAACUCGUACGAUUUCUGACCGAGCGCCUCUCCCUCUUCUUUUCUACCGUACAGAUGAUUCUGGCUCUGUCAGAAAUAUUCUAUCUAGCCAAUUUUGUCUCCUCCCACAAGAAAAGAUUUCCGAUGGCGGCACUAUCCAUCGAGUGGACAAAGUUGUCGUUUGUGGGUCUGAGCUUUUGAAGAAGUAUUAUGAUCAUCCUUUCACUUCACCAUUUCUGGAAGCUAUCAAAGUGGCAUGGUUGAAUGCAAAAGGUGACGCCAAUAAUUCAAAGACACCGCAGGACGCCAUUCGGCGCCUUGUCGAAAGUCACUGUCUAUCCGAUGGGUUUCAUCAUGUCCUCACCGAGCUUGGCCUAUUGAUACUACGCUCUCCCCAUGAGGAACAUCACAAGAGUGUCAUUCCCGUCUCACUGGAUGGAAGUCUAAUGGAAUGGCUUCCAUUUUGGGAUAGCUGCGACGUAGUUCUCAAGCUCAAGUCCAUGGCAACAGGCCAUCAGCACCAACUAUUCUUCAAGCUUCUAGCACAGAUUUACCCACAAGAACAUCGAUUGAUCAACCAGUACAAGGACUGCUACGAACUGACUUGUCGUGAACUGCAAAGUCAAUCCACGAUCUCCGAGAGUAGGAUUGAUCAGAUCAUCGACAUGGCAAUACUGAAAACGCAGAGAGCUGUUUCUGAAAUCGAGAGUGCAGCCUUUCGUGGCCAGCGGCACUUAAAUCAGACCAGAAGUCAUCACGAGACAUCGGAGUCAGAACGGGCCAAUCCUGAGGCGAUCCUUCGAAGUGUCAUCAGGCAGCUAGGAGUAGACGAGACAACACGCAGAGUCGACCCCAUUAUUGUGUCAGAGUACGACAAGUCAACUCACCAUCAGAAUAACAUCAGCCGACUUGGUAUCAACGAAUGUGUAACACUUCUCCAGCAGUUGACAGCGAACAAGACUACAAUCAUAGCAAUUGAUGCCAUCGAUGAGCUAGAACUUCUCGAUCGCGCUAGGCUCAUUCAGGCAUUGAAAGAUGUCGUCACGGAAUUAGAUGGAGUUGUCAAGUUAUUGGUGACGAGUCGAAACGAUGCCCAGAUCAAGAGGCUCCUGCACAAGGCGACUCCUAUUGAAGUUUCCAAGGAACACAAUCACAACGACAUUAUGCGUUUCGCGGAGACACAAAUCAGUUUCAUUACGCGUAGUCGGGCAUUUGUAGACGGGGACGCGCCUCAAGGUCUACUUGACAGAAUUACCGAAGCCUUGAUUACUGGCGCCCAAGAAAUGUUUUUAUGGGUUGAACUACAAGCCCAGAUGCUCAUUCGCAAAAAGUCCGUAAUGGAUGUUGUAAAUGCUCUUGAGCAAGGCCUGGCCGAAAAUCUCGACAAGAUUUAUGAGGCGACCUAUGACGGUUUCCGUACUUUGGACGGCACAGCAAAGGCUAUCGUUGAAGGCGUUUUCUGCUGGAUUCUCUAUGCAAAGCGACCAUUGACUACUGAAGCUCUCAAUACGGCGUUACGACUGCAUCCUGAUCUGAUCAAUCAUCCACCCGAUAUACAUCUUCCGGACCUGACUGACGUGUGUUCAAACUUGGUGGUUCUCGACUCAGUUACCAAUACACUGCGCUUGUGUCAUCCCUCAGCUCGAGACUUUAUGAGACAUCGCGGCAUGUUUUCAGAGGUGCAGGGUCAUCGUUUGAUGGCUUCAAUAUCUCUUCGAACAUGUUCUCACAACUUGCUGCCGGAUCCAACUACAGCUUCAACGCUCGAUGUGAUUGAUGACCUAUCACUUUACAGCGCUAUAUACUGGCCACAACAUCUCAAGGCAUCAGAAGUCAGUAACACUGUACCACCAUGGAUGAUUAAAGAUCUCGACGAAUUCGUGUUGGGUGACGAAGGAUGCGAUGUUGAUCCAACUUUCGAAUGGUGGUUGAGCUGGAUUGAUCAACUUUUGGAGACUCUACCUCCGUAUCACAGCUUGAGAUUGACUCACGCGUGUCUGUCUUUGACUGAAGGAGCUUCUGCACUUCCUACUGCUGCUGUAUUCGGAUUGAGUAGUUUAGUCGAGCUUUUAUUUGAUAGCGGACAAACAAUGGAUCUGGAACGACGUAUGAAGGGUGGGUAUACGCCACUUUACCUGGCCUGCUCAUUUGGACACAAGGCUGUUGCAUCAGCUUUGAUUCAGAACGGGGCAGAUGCAAACGUACUUUGUGGAGAAUAUGGAAAUCCAUUGCAAGUCGCAUGCUUCAAGGGACAUGUGGACGUCAUUGAACUACUUCUGGAUGGGGGUGUUUCUCCAAAGGUUCCCAGUCCAGUAUUCAAGAAUGCUUUGCAUGCUGCCUGCGAGGGCGGCCAUUCUAGUGCAGCCGAGCUUCUCAUCGAUAAAGCGUCGAUCAUCGAAACAGAGAGAGACUACGAGGAUGAUUUGUUGAUGAUUGCCGAGGUUGGGUUUCUCAAACUCUACGAGCGAUUGAUGAAGCCAGGAAUGGCACGAAAAUUCCGAGGGGGCACCAUUGACAAGACUCGAGACGAGAUGCGCAUACUUGGGAUCAUCAAGAAAGGCCGUGUCGACAUAUUGCAGUGCCAGUUGAAGGCUGAUCCUAAAACGGAAAAGAGUAUUCCUCCAGACGCAGUAGCAAUUGCUGCUUUACACGGUCAUGCCAGCAUGGUAGAGUACCUUCACGGUUUGGGUAUGAGUAUUGAGGAAGAAGGCAAAUUUGGGUCACCAUUGAGGAGUGCAAGUCUACAAGGAGAGAUUCGCGUGGUGAAGAAGCUGCUAGAUCUCGGAGCUAAUCCCAAUGCCAAGUACUUGAAAGGCGAUGCCCUUCAAGCUGCCGCUAGCAAAGGAAACGUGGCCAUGGCCAAAAUUCUCAUCUCGCACGGAGCUGAUGUGAACCAACAAGGACCCCCUCGUGGUUCUUCAAUCCAAUCUGCUGCUUACCACGGCCACGAAGCUAUGGUCAAGUUUCUCAUCGAGGAAGAUGCUGAGAUUUACUCAGAAACCUACAAAUUCAAGGACGCUCUUUGGGCUGCUAUGAGAGGGGGACAUAACCACAUUGGGGCGUUUUUGCAGCAGAACCAUCCACCACCUCGUGGCCGAGCCUUGCCUGGAAUCGCUCGUGGCGACGAGCAUAAAAAAUCAUCAUACUUUGAUCGUCCGGGUGUCAAGCGUGAUGAUAGUCCACAUCCUGAGUCUAGUGACGGAGAUGAAGAACCACAGAACGUGUCACCACAAGAUCCUAACGACGAACGGGACCAGAACAUUGAAGACACGCAUCCGAUAGUUCUUGCUGCGGGAAUCGGAAACAUACCGGUUCUCCGACAAGGACUACAAGAAGACCAUAUUGGCGAGGAUAUUAUCACAAUGGCGUCCACCGCAGCAGCUGGUCAAGGAGAAUAUGAAGCACUCGAGGUUCUCCUGGAAGAAGGCUUGAGACACGUCUCGUAUCUGAGGAAGCCAAAAGAAAAGGCUUUCAUUACCAGUGUUGAGAAGAAACAGCCAAAAUGCUUGGAGAUUCUAGCCAAUUCGCUUCACGGUACCAUCACCGUGAUAUCGUGGGGUUUUGCACUUCAAUGGGCUGCAAGUGCUGGAGAGGCCCUCACAAAGCAACUUCUCGAAAUGGACCUUGUUCCCUGGCAAUUCACUGAUAUGAGAGAUUUGGCAUCGUGCUUGGGCUAUUCAUUGCAUGAGGAUAUUUACUCAAACCCCAUUUCUGCUUGCAAGGAUGCCCUUAGUAAGUGUUACUCUGCGGGAAACGACAAGGUGGCAAAUCACAUCUGGACUUGGGUCUUGUCCAAAGGACCUGGUAUGCUGAUGGCGGAUCGCGACGAUUGGGAUGCAUUAACACUUGUCGCGACAAAACAUGCUGACGUUUCCAUUCUCGACCAACUAUUAACACUCGCGGACGAAUGCGAGAAUAUGGCUGGCGAGCCAGAGCUGCCUCUUGGGGAUCUCCUCAUUAGUGCUGUUCGUGGCGACAAGCCUACGAACUUGGGCUACAUAGUUGCAAAGAUCAUUGAGAGGCUUGAUGCUUACCACAUGAUUACCUCGGCAUUCCUGGAGGCAUGCCGAACAGGCUAUACUCAAACAACGAGAAAGUUGCUGGAUUACGACGAUGACAUUCAUCUUGACGCGGACAUGGUUAUUCAAGGAAUCGUCCAAGCCUCAGAAAAAGGACACGGGGAUCUGGUACUCAAGUUAUUGGACUUGCUAGGCCAGAAUAAACAAAGGAAUGCCCUCAUAACCGCACUCAUCAGCGUAGCCGGCGCGGGGCAGAUAAAAGUCAUCACUACCCUUCUCGACGAAACAGACAUUGAGGACUCGGAUACAUUUUCGACCACUAUGACCCGGGCCCUCGUUUCAGCAUGUGAUGCCGGAUAUCCAGAUAUUGUACAGCUUUGUCUAGAUCAAGGUGCAGAUCCGGAACAGAAUGUUGAAAAGGAACCACCAAGGGCGUUGCGAGAAAUGGAGCUGCCUUCCGUUCCAGGAUCCGUCCCUUCAAGAUUUCGACAUCUACUCCAACUUCCUCGCCGCAUUCCACAUCCUGCAAGAUCAAUGCUUGCCAAGUCACGAGUUAGAAAUAACUACAACUCUUACGAGUCUAGCGACCAUAAGAGAGCAGGCUCAGACAACACAAUUGAGGAAACCGAAACGAAUAUGACUGAUGCUCUAAAAUCUAGUGUCUGUGCCUUUGAACGAAUAUCAACUUUCCAAAGUGUAACUACGGGGGAAAGACAGUCUGCAACUGACAUGUCCAAAGCAAAGCAACAACUGAAGACCGUAUCGAUCAUCUUGGAUCAUGUUUCUGAUUUCAGUGCUUAUGAUACUAGACUCUCUACUCACCCUCUUCGGACAGCAGUUGCCCACGGAACCGAAGAGUUGGUCCAACUAUUAUUCGACUAUGGCGCCGCCGAUCAAUUUACUCAUCAACAGCUCCAAUCAUUGAUUCUUGUUGCAGCCAACCGCGAUACUUCCACUGGUGUUGGUAUUAUGAUCAAACUUCUUGAUUACGACCGCAGGGUAUCCUUUCCAACAGACCAGAACAAAUGUCUAGAUCCCAUUAUUCUCUACGCUCUUCAAAUAGCGGUUGAAUCUUUGACCGAUCCAGCGCGUUUCCAAGAUAUACUAUCCCUGAAGGGCAUUAUCUCUUCCGAAAAGGCGGCGCGAGAUUUGUUAAAAGGCGGCCUUCAGAAACUCAUCAAAACAAUCUUCCGCAAGUUACCCGCUCAAUCAGCGAAACAAGAUGCUUUUGGGGACGUACUUCAUGCAGCUGCCGCAGCUGGUGAUCUCGCGAUAGUCAAGCUGCUCGUCAAGCACAACGUUAAUGUGAACCACACGAGAUCCUUUUUCCACACAGCUCUUGGUUCUGCGGCAGAGUUUGGACACGCACAAAUCAUCAAAGAGCUUUUACGCGCUGGUGCCAACAUUCACCCAACCGGUUUUGUACAUGAGAGUUUUGGCAAACAAGAACCAGCUAUCAAAGCUAUCCUUGGGGGUCAUGUUGUAGUGUUGAAAGCGCUUUUGGAUCACGGUCUGAAACCUGAAGAAUAUGCUGGGGAUGUUCCGCUGAUUGUGCUGGCCGCUCAGAGCAAAUCUGCGGCCAUGGUUGAUCUUUUGUUACAAGCUGGGGCCAAUCCCAAGAACUAUCCUCUUGCUUUAAUCACUGCUGCCCACGAUGGGGACUUGGACAUGAUGAGAUCUCUCCUCGACGCUGGUGCGGACAUGAAUGCCUUGGAUAUCCUUGGAGAAUUUGUAAUCGACCGGCUUCUCUGCAGUCCUCUCUACGCGGCAUGCAAAGCUGGCCAUACCGAAGCAGUCAAGCUUCUGCUACAACAUGGCGCUGACGCCGAGAUGGACUCGGGAGAUCUUGACGGUCUCCCUCUUGUUGUUGCAGCCCGUCAAGGUCAAUCCGACAUGGUGCAAGUCCUCCUGGACAAUAACUGUGAUCCCUUCAGUCGCAGCAAGGGCGUAUCGGCACUUUCCCCUAAUGACCAAAGGAAACUACGAAAGGUUCUACUGGAUAGAGACCAGGGUGCGAUUGCACGCGGGUCUUCUUCAGUCGGGGCUACAAAUCGUGCUCGGAUGGAGGUUGAGUAUAUGGACGCUAUUCAGAGCUCGUGUGAUGUGCAACAGGGAUUCCGCAAGAGUUUGCAAAUUGUGAACAUGCUAUCCAAUGCUUCCAAAGAUCCUCAACGUGUUGUCUGGGAAGCAUUGAAACACACAACGACAAGAAAAAACGUCAGGCUAUUUGAGGAGCUUUCACAACACGUCACCCCAGAUGCCCUUCUUCUGCAUCUUGCAUGUCAAUGCGGCUCAGUAAAUGUCGUCAAGUUUGCAUUGAAUCAUGGUAUUGAUUCUAUGACCACCAAACAAGACGGGAAGACACCGCUGCAAGUCGCUAUUGAAUAUCAGAAUAUGGACGUAGUGGAGGUCCUGGUGGCUGAUCAAAUGCGGGCCGCCACUCAGCAAAACAGCGCCCAGUCUCUCGACUUGUACUUCAUAGUUGCCUGUAUCUUGGAGUCCUAUUCCGCUCCGUCUACAUCUCAGCACAAGAGGAUUUCUGAUUGCGAGAGGACAGUAAGGAAGCUUUUGGAUAUUUCCCAAACAGGCGUCACAGGAGAUCAAAAAUACUUGGAUCAAGCACUCUGCCUUGCUUGUCACGCGGGAAGCAGCCUUCCUACUGAAAUUCUACUCGAACUCGGUGCAGAUAUCAACGCUCAAACAGAUCUGUGGCAAGGGUCUUAUGGGUACAACCUCACGCCUUUACACGCAGCAAUCUACAAUACUCAUCCAAGCGUGUUGAAAGUGCUUCUGUCACAACUCCCUACUACCGAUCCUAAGUUUGACGAUGCCUUUCAAUUAUGUCUUAGCCACAACAGUCCAAUAUUACUCGAGACAUUUCUUCGGACCGCUAUCGAAUUUGAAAUCACGGAGCAGCAUGUUAUGCUUUCUAUUGACAAAGAGACUUGGACUAGGAGCCCUGGUGAAAGGAAUAUCGAGAUGAUCCUUGCCUAUCACCCAGACCUCCGAAUAUCUGAGACUACCCUCAUCAGACUAUUGCAGGCUGAAAUGCCAUUUUCGGCAUCUUGUGGAAGCGACUUACAGGAGACAUGGCAGACAUUGCUUGAAAAAAGCGAGUGUGGAUUAACUGACAACAUUAUCCGAUGUAUACCGCACAACAGGACUUGGGAAUUUCUUCAUGAAUAUAUCAAGGACUGUGAUGGGUCCUGUGUACAGAGUCCCUUUGUGCCUAUGCUGAUUUCAGAGCAUCCGGAGAUAUUGAGGCAACCUGCACGCGAGUCAGAUGGAUCUUGGGACACUGAGUCGGAAUCUGGAGGAGAUGAGCUAUAG